AUGUGCUUUGCUCCGUGGGGUCUGGAUGCACCACAGGCUCCUGUGAAGCCGCCCCGGCUCCUGGCUCCUGGCUCCCGGCUCCUAGCACUUGUCUGUGAGCCUCUUGGGGGCUUCAGAGCUGAGCCAGCUUCCUGCAUGAAGCCUGGAGGAGGGGGUCCCAGACUCCAGGGCUGCACACACCACCUCCUCACGGUCAUGAUCAAAGACCUCGCAUCCUCUCCUGUCCUUAAUAUUCUCUUCAAAUCAACAUACUUUUUAUUUUUUACUCCCAGCUUUAGUCUUGUGCUAAACAAUAUAUCCACGCAGUCACCUGUUGAUGUGCUAGUUCUGUGUUUUUCCUAUUCUACAUGGAAAUAA